AUGGCCCCGCUCCGCCUUCAGCACCUGCAUCUGCCCAGCAUCCACCCGCACUAUGUCCCCUAUAGUCUCGCCAACCGCGUGCAGGAACUACUCCGCCGACAGCAUCUUGACUUCAAGGAUUCCUUGUCGUCUUCAAGUUCCGCUUCCAAUGCUUCGCCCCCACCAUCACCACCACCACCAACCCUCAUCUCCUUCACGCCGGCCCCCAUCUUCACGCUUGGUCGGCGCCAAACCGCCCCCUUGACCCCUGCCGAAGCCGCACGUUUGACUGCGCCGCUGCUGAUCUCACCUUUGUCAUCGCCGUCUCCAUCACCAUCAACUCCAUCGGCUCCCUCAGCUCAGCUCACCAAUGACGCCAGCACUAGCAGCAACAGCACCGGAGCCAUCUCCACCACCCCGCGCCUCCUCCACUCUCCUCGCGGCGGGUUAACGACCUACCACGGCCCAGGGCAGGUCGUCCUUUGGCCAAUCCUCGACUUGCACCCGCUCCACGGUGCCUAUCGCACCUUUAGCGUCAAGUGUUACGCUCGCCUGCUGGAAGAGACCACGAUCGGGACACUCGGCAAGGGGUUCGGCAUUGAGGCCUUUACCACGGAGGACCCGGGUGUGUGGGUACGGCGACUACAGCAGCAGCAGCAGCAUCAGCGAGAUAGAGAGGAGCGAGACAGAGAAGAUGGCCUGGCGAAGAUUGCAGCACUCGGUGUGCACCUACGUCGACAUAUCACAGCACUAGGCACCGCACUGAACGUGGACAUGCCUGGGCCAGAGGACGUGAACGAACGGACCAACCCGUGGGCGCGCUUCGUCGCGUGUGGUUUGACCGGUCGCGGCGUCACAUCUAUCGUUGAUGAACUGGCAGCACGUGGGGGGCAGAGUGUGGAUCGGUUGCUGCGGCUUCGGCAGGGGGCGGGAGGACACCAGGGGCAGAGCACAAGAGAGGCGGAAGUUGCCGGUGUUUGGGCCGGUGAGUUAGCUCGGCACAUCGGGCUUGAGGAGGGAGAUGAGGGGGUGGAGGUCGCCGGCAAAGGGGAAGUGAUACGGUUGAUGGAAGGGUUGUUGGCGGAUGCAGUCGGAGAGCAUGAUGAGCUGCAGGAGGAGAGAAGCUAUCUGGAGCGGAUCAAGGAGGCGCAUUAG